CGUAGAGAUGAUCCGGAUCUGCGUGUGCCUUUUAGAAAAGCGUAAACGGUCCAUCACCUCGCGAUCCCCAAAUCCCCGAAAAUGGACAAUCGAAACAUGUGCACAGUGGAGAAGCGCGGGCGCGUCCACCUCAUCACCCUCACCGGCGCCGGCGAGCACCGCCUCGGCCCAUCCCUCAUCUCGGCCCUCCGCUCCGCCGUGGCCACCGUCCGCGCCUCCCCCGGUGCCGGCGCCCUCGUGCUGGCCGCCGAGGGCAAGUACUUCUCCAACGGCUUCGACCAAGCCUGGGCGAGCACGGUCCCGCCCCACCUCCACGCCUCCAUGAGAGGGGCCUUCCGCGCCCUCGUGGCCGACCUCCUCGCGCUGCCCAUGCCCACCGUGGCCGCCGUCACGGGCCACGCCGCCGCCGCCGGCUGCGCGCUGGCCCUCGCGCACGACUCCGUCGUCAUGCGCGCCUCCCGCGGGUUCCUGUACAUGAGCGAGGUCGACGUCGGCCUCAAGUUCGCGGACUACUUCGCGGAGCUGCUCCGGCAGAAGGUCCCCGACGGAGCGGCCAGGAGGGACAUGGUCCUCGGGGGGAACAAGAUGACGGCGGCGGAGGCGCUGCGGCUGGGCAUCGUGGACGCGGCCGCGGACGGCGGCGUCGAAGACGUGGUGACCGCGGGCGUCGCGGCGGCCGAGGGGCUCGCGGCCAGGGGGUGGGACGGGGAGGUCGUGGCCGAGAUCAGGAAGGCGAUGUGGCCCGCCGUGUGGGGCAAGGUCAAGGACCACGGCGCCGAGGCGGCGGUAGCGCGGCCGCGGCUGUAGGCUCCGGUGUACCGUACGAGGCCACUCCUCCUGAAGAACUGGCUCUGAAUCCACAUCGAGCCGUAGAUCUACGAACUUCAGCUGGGAACAGAGCAAUGUUCAGGAACUGCUCGAACAGAAUCGUCCGGCCAAGAAGAUCGCAGCCACCGGCGACAUGUGCUGGUGGUUUUCCUUGUGCUCUGCCCGACGCUCUUUGAUCUUCGAUUCCGGUUUCAUUGCGUGUGGCGUAUGCUGUCGCUCUGACCGAAGCUCUCUGCUGAUAGACUGAACUUAUGAAGCAUGGCUGCAUGAA